AUGUCGGCUUACGUAAUAGCGUAUAGUAUGCUUCGGUUUCACCAACUAACACGGGCCAAUUGGCGAGGAGGAGAUUGCAAAACGACAGCGUACGAAGAGUGGGCGUCGUUUAGAGAAGUCACGAUAUUAGUGGUGGCACGAAUCUCCCAAUCAAACUCAUCUUCCUCCUCACCGGUGCCGCAUCUCUCUAAUUCCACGGAUUUGGUAUAUCUGAAGAUGGCAUCGAAGUUGGUACAAGUUCAGUCAAAGGCAUGUGAGGCUUCAAAGUUUGUGGCUAAGCAUGGAACUUCCUAUUACAGGCAGUUGCUUGAGAAGAACAAGCAUUACAUCCAGGAACCUGCCACUGUUGAGAAGUGCCAAGAGUUGUCUAAGCAGCUUCUCUACACCCGUCUUGCUAGCAUUCCCAAACGCUAUGAAACUUUCUGGAAGGAAGUAGACUACGCAAAGAACUUGUGGAAGAACAGAACCGAUCUUAAGGUAGAAGAUGCAGGAAUUGCUGCAUUGUUUGGUCUCGAAUGCUUUGCAUGGUACUGCGCAGGAGAAAUCGCCGGAAGAGGAUUCACCUUCACCGGCUACUACCCUUGAAAAAGAGCAACAAUAACUUGAACAAGAUUGUGUAAUCUGAAUCAAAUUUUUUUUUCCAAAGUUUUUCCCUGAGACGGAAACAGAGUAUUUGGAUCUGAGAAAUUUCCAUUUUGCUAUAAAACUCUCUUUGAUAAGUUUGAGAUUAAUAAAGAAUCAAAAAUUUCCAUA